UGAAUUUUUUGCACGUACUGUAGCUUUCGCUGACCAGCUUUGAUGUACGGAGUAUAUAUUUGUAAUGCUAAUGAAGAAUGAACCUACACUGGCAUUCUUUCCUCCUAUGAAUGUCUCACCCUAGACAGAAUCACUCGAUCAACAACCAUGUCCCAGAUUUCUUCUAAUCCAACUUAUUAAAAGAAAAGCUUAAUCCAUUACAUUUCGUCCAAAACCCCCUCCAAGAUUUCGAAUUUCUAAUCUGGGUCGUUUUCAAUCGCAUCUAAUUGUAAAAAAACCAUUCGGUGAUUCCUAGUCUCAUUUCUGUGUUUUUCAGCAAUGGUGGCUUCUUCAGUGGCCUCUCCGCUCUGUACAUGGCUAGUGGCAGCUUGCAUGUCAGCCUCCUGUGAAAAGGACCACCUCGGGAAGUCGCCGUCGGUGUUUCAGUCUCGGAGGUGGCUGAGGAGGAAGCGGACAGUGUCCGCCUGGAGCGGCAACCUUGGCGGCGGGUUGGUGUCUUCUUUCUAUGGAUCUGGAAUUCACGGGUUGAUGAGCUCCUGCGUACCCUGUCAGGAGUACUACAACUCAAAAGGGCUGCCUUUCUUCGGUGACAACGCUUUAUCUAUUUUCGGGUCCAAUCCACCGCCCGCAAACCGCAAACCGAAGCGGAUGAGUAAAACCAUGGCUGUGGCUGUGCAACCUGAAAAGGAAGCACUAGCAAAGACAAAAGUCAUUACAGGUAAAAGGAGAGUAGUUGUGACUGGAGUUGGGGUAGUAUCUCCCGUGGGUCAUGAUGUGGAUGAGUUUUACAAUAAUCUCCUUCAGGGUGUUAGCGGCAUCAGUGAGAUUGAGGCUUUCGACUGUUCUGAUUUUCCCACAAGAAUUGCUGGGGAAAUAAAAAGCUUCUCAACUGACGGGUGGGUCUCUCCUAAAUUGUCCAAGAGAGCAGAUAAGUUUAUGCUUUACAUGCUCACUGCUGGAAAAAAGGCUUUGGCUGAUGGUGGAAUAACAGAGGAUGUCAUAAAAGAGUUAGAUAAAACUAAAUGUGGAGUUUUAAUUGGGUCUGCCCUUGGGGGUAUGAAGGUUUUUAAUGAUGCUAUAGAGGCACUGCAAGUUUCUUACAAGAAAAUGAAUCCGUUUUGCGUACCUUUUGCUACAACAAAUAUGGGAUCUGCUAUUCUUGCUAUGGAUUUGGGUUGGAUGGGCCCAAACUACUCAAUCUCCACGGCAUGCGCAACAAGCAACUUCUGCAUACUUAAUGCUGCAAAUCAUAUUAUAAGAGGCGAAUCAGAUUUAAUGCUUUGCGGUGGCUCAGAUUCAGCAAUUAUUCCUAUAGGUCUUGGAGGGUUUGUGGCAUGCCGAGCUCUCUCAACAAGGAACAAUGAUCCAACAAGGGCUUCACGUCCGUGGGAUAUGGGGCGAGAUGGAUUUGUCAUGGGAGAAGGGUCUGGUGUGUUGCUGUUAGAAGAAUUAGAACAUGCAAAGAAAAGAGGGGCCAAAAUAUAUGCAGAGUUUUUAGGCGGAAGCUUCACAUGUGAUGCUUAUCACAUGACCGAGCCACAUCCUGAUGGAGCUGGAACUGUUCUAUGCAUUGAGAAGGCUUUAGCUCAAUCUGGGGUUAAUAGAGAAGACGUGAACUAUAUAAAUGCUCACGCCACAUCAACCCCGGCUGGUGAUCUGAAAGAAUAUCAGGCCAUAACUCGUUGUUUUGGACAGAAUAGUGAGCUUAAAAUUAAUUCUACAAAAUCGAUGAUCGGACAUCUCCUGGGAGCUGCUGGUGCUGUUGAAGCCAUCGCAACCAUUAUGGCUAUACAGACAGGCUGGAUCCAUCCAAAUACCAAUCUUGAGAACCCUGAGGAAGGAAUGGAUACAAGAUUGCUGGCUGGCUCUAAGAAGGAACGUUUGGAUGUAAAAGUGGCACUUUCUAACUCAUUUGGCUUCGGUGGACACAACUCUUCUAUCCUAUUUGCUCCAUACAAGGAUGAGUAGGCCCAUCUCUGCCAUCCGAGCAGCGAAGUCUCAUGAGUUUUCUUUCCUUUAUGUUUUUUCCGGUGAAAUCUGAUGCAGCCAAACCUGCCAUCCUUCUGUAUUGCCAGGGGUGAGGUCUUGACAAUUUGCCUUUGACCUUCCCAACUUAGAUUUGUAAAUGCAACUAUACCAAAUUAUGUCAAGGCAAAAUUGACUCUGCACAGAAUUUUGUGGUUUACAUACUUAAAAUUUCGCACCAGAAAGCUCCAGAAAACUCGCUUGGUAAAAAACUUUAAAUCAAGUGCCUGUGCAGUAAUAUAAGAAUUCUAUACUUGUAGGACAAUGAAUGGUAAAUGGUUUGACAAGUGCAUCUAGCUCAUUCUAUGGCUUGCUUGCAUUGAAAUUCAUGAUCAGUGGUGGAACAAGAAAAAUAACAUGGACUCCCGUUUACCAAAUAUAAAACACCUAUUAUGGAUUCGGGUUUAGCUUCUCUCCGGUAACUGGAAUUCUUCAUUAGGAGAGAGAUAGAGUGAGAUGGGGAAAUGGUGGGGUAGGGGUGGAUUUGGUUCGGGCCACCCGGCCCGUGACCCGGCCCGGCCCGGCCCGCUACUGUGUGGGCUCGGCACUGGCCCGGUCUGGUGGUAACGGUUUUUUUCGUAUGCUUAACCCUACAAAUAUAUUAUAUUUGAGGGUUAAGCUACAAAUUACAUGAGGCCUUCGAGGUAAAUGAGCUCUUUUGUAAUAACUAAAACACUUCGGAUUUGUUCAAAGGGAAGGAAACAGAAAUUCUAUUCACAACCACUUUUUUACUAAACACACCCACAUGUUUUAUUUAAUAAAUAAAAUUAUUUUAUCUUCCCUGUUAUAUCCUUCUAGCCUCUAAAGUGAUCGUAGGCCAUAUAUGAAGCCAUCUAUCUCCUUUUUACCGUCCCCGUUCCUCAUAUUAAUAAAGAGGGAGAUCGCCAACCACCUGCGAGUUAGAUCUUAUCUUCCCACCUCUCCGAUCACUAAUCAACCAUUUUAGUAGAUAAACAAGAAGGAUAACAUCUCUAUUUUGUGCUUCAGGAUGUCUCUUCUUUAAUGAGAGAGAUCAGUGAAUUCAUGGUCUCUUUGGAUCAUGUGGAGUCUUCUCUGCAUCCGGUCCUUGAGACAUUUUCUCUUCUCAGUUCUAGCCUUUCGAAUCUAAACUAUAUAGAAGGCAUUGAUUAUACCAGAAAUUAAAAGAAUGAAAAAAAAAAAACGAAAUGAAAUCACUUGAACUCGGUGGCACUAGUUUGAUCUAUAUUUUUAUGGGCAUUAGGAUAACUACAAUUCUCACAAGUCACAAAGCUACCUCAAAAUUAUUUGUUUCUUAGGGCUCAUCGGCAUCGCAGCCUCGCAGGUAGCUCAAGGGUAUUUUAGAUAUUCGGAAUUAAAUUUAUUUUUAAGAUUUAAUUUGGAGGUUGUAAAUAGCAAUUUGGGGGCUAUGAAUA